AUGGCCUCCCGCGGGAAGCGACCCAAGGGCCAGCCGCCCAUCAGCAGCUUCUUCGCUCGGGCGCCCGCGCCGCCCCCCGCCUCCUCCACUCGCGGAGGGCACCUCGCUUUGCCUCUUGAAGACAGCGUUAAACAUGAAUUGGAAAGGAAUCCGUCCUCCGCCCAGGAGCCCCCGCCCAAGCGGCACAAAACCCUGGCUCCAACCGACGCGCCCGUUCCCGAUGCCCAGCCCCUAGAUUCAAAUGCCGGCCAAAGGGUGGCCGGGUCCGGGUCUGGGAUCCGGGUGGCAUCCGGGACAGGAUGCGGUGCAGGGAUUCCCGAAAGGAAUCCGGUGCGGCACCGGGUGGCCCAGGAGAGGCUGGUGGGCGGUGGGGAGGGGGCCGGGGGGGGAAAGGGGGUUGCGAACGGGGGGAACGCUGCUGGUGGGUUGAAGUUCACGCCGCUGGAGCGGCAGGUGGCGAGGCUGAAGGAGCAGUAUCCCAACGUGGUGCUCAUUAUUGAGGUUGGCUACAAGAUGAGAUUCUUUGGAGAUGAUGCAGAGAUCGCAUCCAAGGUCUGCAACAUCUACUCCUACCCAGACCGAAACUUUUUGACUGCCUCAUUCCCGGUGCCUCGCCUGCCCAUCUAUGUGCGGCGCCUUGUGGAGGCUGGUCACCGCGUGGGCGUUGUACGCCAGACAGAGACAGCGGCUGCAAAAGCCGUGUCUGCCAACAAGUACUCUGUCUUUGAGCGCCGCCUGACAGGCAUGUACACCCGAGCCACCUUGCAGGCAGGGGAGGUGUUUGAGGCGGGAAUGGAGUACGGGGCAGGGGUUGGGGAUGAUGGGGCCUAUGGGCCUGGCUGCAACCACCUGCUGUGUGUUGUGGAGGGGGAUGGGAGGCUGGGUGUUGUGGCCGUGGAGACCUGCACCGGUGACGUGAGGUGGGGUGUGUGCAGCAUCGAUGCUAUGGACCACGACCUGCAAUCUGUGCUGAUGCGCGUGACUCCCAGCGAGUUGCUCAUGGUGGACCCUAUCAAUAAGCGAUCGGCAAAGAUGCUGGAAGAUUUUCUAGCGACCAUGCCUGGGGGUCGGGUUGAGCACGCCAGUGGAGCUAAGUACGAAGAGGGCCGUGUCGUCCAUCGCGUGACCGAGCUCUGCAGUGCUGUGGAAUCGUUUGAUGCCUCACAGAUCGUGGGCUCGCUCCCAAGGCUCGUGUUGCAGGCCCUAUGUGCAGCAGAAGAAUACCUGAGACCCUUGGGGGUUUCGGCAGUGAUGCUGCAGUGGGGGGCCUUCACACCCAUUGCAUCAGAUGCUGAGAUGGAGCUCUCUGCGAAUGCCCUACGACAGCUGGAGAUCUUGCACAAUAAUGUCGAUGGAAAGGUCAAGGGAUCUCUGCUGCAUCUCAUGGACCACACAAGAACCCCCUUUGGGUCACGCCUGCUGUGCAGAUGGCUGUCCCAUCCGCUGACAGAUUGGGCCUUAAUACGUGACCGCCUUGAGGCUGUGGAUGAGCUGGCAAGGGCACAGAGCACGGGAUCUGGUCCCCUGGCGUCCUUGGGCGAUGUGCUAUCAAAGCUGCCAGACUUGGAGAGGGGCAUCACCCGCAUGCUGCACAAAACUGCAGGGCCUUCUGAGUUUGCCAGGGUUCUCCGGGUAUGA